UAUGGGUGGAUCUGAGCAACUGAAGCAAAAACAUUGGAGACACCUAGAUAGAAGAAAACAUCAUUGAGUGCAGCGUUGAUGAAACUGAAGUAUUCCAUUUUUCAGCUUCUUUGAAGUCCGGCAAGAUGGGUUCUGGUUGAUUCCAUUGGCGCUGCACUCAAUCAUGUCUUUUUUUGGCUAUUCUGGUACAAUCCUGUCAUCAGCACAAUAUCAAGUAUAAACAGGACAACUUCUCUCUGUUGCUGCAUCUGUUUUCUUUCCAUAAUAUGUUUCCUUCAUUCCUUCCUUCCUUCCUUUCAUUAUGAAAUCAUAAUUUUGUUUUCCAAAUCAUAUAUUGAUCACCAUUGUGGCAUGCAGGGCAGAGAUCCAUCUGCAGACCUCUUCCAUAACUUUCAUCCAUCAUUGUAAGGAUCAUCAUCCCAUCAUUAACUGCAGAGUGAAGCUUUAAACCAUCACGUUAAUUAAGGAAACGGGCCCAUGCAGGCUGGCAUAAUGGACUCACCUUAUAUAUGUAUCACAUUCAUGGACUCACCUUCCAUAUGUAUCGCAUUAGUUCAUUUUCCCAAAAAAAAGGAGAAAAAGGCUGCCUCUCAAUCUUCUCAAAGAAAAAGAAAAGAAGGCAUAUGCAUUUGCCACUUGCGACAUGCCGAAGUAUUCGGCCGAAAUUGGACUCGGUUUGCUUUGAAAAUUACGAAUUGUGCCCCUCCCUUCAUUCCAUUUCUGCUUUCUCUGUUUCUCUUAAUAAAUACUUGUACCUCUCUAAACCCUCUACUCUCAAAGAGGGGAAAAGGGGGAAGUCUCUUUGGUUUCUUGUUUCUCAUUUUGUUUUGUUGGAUUUUUUUUUUUUUUUCCUGGUUGGUUUUCUCGAGAAAAUAUUAUAUUUUGGGGGUGAAGUUAAUGGAGGAGGAGGAGGCUUUGCCGGACCAUUUACGGUGUAAACGGACUGACGGGCGGCAAUGGCGGUGCACCCGGCGAGUUAUGGAGAAUAAGAAGCUAUGUGAACUUCAUUAUCUUCAGGGGCGUCAUCGGCAGAACAAGGAGAAGGUGCCAGGCUCGCUCAAGCUGCAAAGAAAGAAACGGAACAAAACUGUGAACCAAGAUUGCGAGUCUCGGAAUCCUGAAAUUAGGGCAAAAAGAGCCGCGAAAUUGGCCAAGCCGAUGAAGAGAAGAGGGUCUGUUAGGGUCUCGGAGGCGUUGGAUAAGGCUCUGAAGAAGAUGAAGUUGAAGAAAGGUGAUUUGCAGUUGGAAUUGAUAAGAGUGUUCCUGCAGAGGCAGGUGGAGAGGCGAAAGAUGCGUCGUUUGAUUCAGAAUAUUGAGGGGGAGUUGGUGAGGGAAUUGCCAAAUGGACUAAUGGCCAUCUCUCAGGCUCCGUUGCAACAUCAUAUCGACAAUGCUGGUAGCCAAAUCAAACUGGGUGUUGAUUUGGGUUCGGAUUCUGGUCCUCAAAGGUGCUUCCGGUCCAAGAACAUUGAGCCGCUCCCAAUUGGCUCAUUGCAGGUUGUACCAUAUGGGCGAAAUGUGAGAAAUUUGAAGAUUGUUAGGGGUAAGAAGUGCCAUUUGUGUCGAAAACGAAAACGUCAUUCUCAGAGUAUGAUCAAGUGUUCAAGUUGUCAAAAAGAGUACUUUUGCAUGGAUUGCACCAAACAAAGGUAUUUUGAUAUACAAGAUGUUAGGAUGGCAUGCCCAGUUUGUCGUGGAACUUGCAGCUGCAAGGCCUGCUUGAUUAAUCAAUCUAAAGACGUUGAAUGUAAGGAUUUUUUGAGGGAUCAAAGUAGGGUUGAAAAAAUUCUACAAUUACAUUAUUUGAUCUGUAUGCUUCUUCCUGUACUGGAACAAAUCAACCAAGACCAGAGAAUUGAGCUGGAAAUAGAGGCAAAAAUCAGAGGAGAAUUACCCUCUGAAGUUCUGAUUCAGCAAGUGGAAUUUGGCCACAAUAAGCAAAGUAUCUGCAAUAACUGCAAAACUUCCAUUGUGGAUUUCCAUAGAAGCUGCCCACAUUGUUCGUAUAAUCUUUGCUUAACUUGUUGUUGGGAAUUUUUCCGAGGGGUCUUUCCUGGUGAUAAUAAAUCAUAUAUUUCCAAAUAUUAUAAUAGAUGGAAAGCUUAUUUGUGUGAUGACCAGCCACUACAAGAGAUGAAGCAGCUUACUAGUGUUGGCAGUACACGUCUUGCUUCUUGCCCAUCCUUCCACCAAUGGAAAGCUUGCAAUGAUGAUGGUAGUAUAUCUUGCCCGCCCACAGAAUUUGGUGGUUGUGGUGAUGGCCACCUUGAUUUGAGAUGUGUUUUCCCAUCAAGUUGGACCAAACAACUAGAAAUUAGUGCAGAAGAAAUAGUUUGCAGUUAUGAAUUCCCAGAAAUUUUAGAUGUUUCUUCACCCUGCUCUCUCUGUAUUGGAAUGGAUCAUGAAAUCAGAAAAAUCAAAGAGUUGCAGGAAGCAGCUAAUAGAGAAGAUUCUAAUGACAACUUUUUAUAUUACCCCACUGUACAGGACCUUCAUGAUGAUAAUCUUGAACACUUUCAGAAGCAUUGGGGUAGAGGUCAUCCUAUAAUAGUCCGUAAUGUCCUUCGGGGUAUGUCGGACUUGAGUUGGGAUCCAAUUGUUAUGUUCUGCACUUACCUGGAAAGGAGCAGUGCCAAAUCUGAGAAUGACAAGAAAGCUGUUAAAGCUACCAGUUGCUUGGAUUGGUGUGAGGUAGAAAUUGAUAUUAAGCAGUUCUUUAUGGGGUCUCUGGAGGGGCGGAAGCAUACAAAUGCAUGGCAAGAGAAGCUGAAAUUGAAGGGUUGGCUUUCUUCCCAUUUAUUUCAAGAACAGUUUCCCGCUCAUUAUGAUGAAAUCAUCCAUUCUCUACCCCUUCAAGAAUACAUGAAUCCCAAGUCUGGGCUUCUAAACCUUGCUGUGAAGUUGCCACAUGAAUAUCCGAAGCCUGACCUAGGUCCAUGUAUCUACAUCUCAUAUGGCAGUUGCGAGGAACUACUACUAGCUGAUUCUGUGACAAGACUGUCUUAUGAGUCCUAUGAUGUGGUAAAUAUUUUGGCAUAUGCUACAGAUGUUCCAAUUUCCACAGAAAAGCUUUCUGAAAUAAGGAAGUUAAUGAAAAAACACAAGGCUCAAGAUCAUAGCAAGCCUACGAGGAUUGCUAUUGAUUUGAAAGCAGCAAGUCAAGUGAACAGAGCAUCAUCAUUGUUUAGUCAAAACAUGGAUGAAGCCAGACUACAGGAUAGGACAAGAGAAAGACCACUAUUAUGCAAUGGAGUGUCUACAGUAUCAUGGUUCUCUGCUGCCAGACAUGACACAUGUGAUGUCAGUAUCCAAGAAGGAAAUAUUGCCAGUGGUGAGGAAUUUAAUUCAGAAUCUGAUUCUGUAGCAGCUAAACUUUCUUGUGGAACAUCUAAGAACUCUACAAAAUCAGGAGGAUAUCAGAAAUUGUGUCAGGAACACAUACAAAGCUCAAAUUGUUUGGGAAGGAAAUUAGUGGCCAACUCUUGUGGUGCCCAAUGGGAUGUCUUUCGCAGACAAGAUGUUCCAAAGCUUCUAGAAUACCUCAGAGAACAUUCUAAUGAGUUUGGCCACAUUUAUGGAUUGUCAAAGCAUGUUGUUCAUCCAAUUCUUGACAAGAGUUUCUUCCUGGAUGCAAAUCACAAAAUGCAGCUAAAGGAGAAGUUCAAAAUUGAACCAUGGACUUUUGAGCAACACCUUGGAGAAGCUGUCAUGAUUCCUGCUGGGUGCCCAUAUCAGAUUAGGAACCUUAAGUCUUGCGUAAAUGUGGUUUUGGACUUUAUCUCACCUGAAAAUGUUUCCGAGUCCAUCCGCAUGAUUGAUGAACUUCGCCUACUUCCGCAAGAUCAUAAAGCCAAAGAAGACAGCCUGGAGGUGAAGAAAAUGACCUUGUACUCUAUCAAUACAGCAAUCAAAGAAAUCCAAAACCUUACAUGUGCAGAGACCAGAAUUGAACUCAAAGACUGAUCAUUGGGAAGGACUAGAAUUAAUUUACAGGGCAUUUGUUCACAUUGGUAGAUUGUAUUCUUUAUCUUCUUGUUCACAAGGAGCAUGAACUGCAUGCAAAAGUUUUGCUUUGGUUGUCCAUUUUUUUUCCCUUCUUUAGCCCCUGUUCAAGUCACCAUCUAUUACAAAGGUAAAAACCCAAUCAUUGCAGAUAUAGUAAUUUCAGGUUUCUUUCUCCUUUGAUGGAUGUAAAAUUUCUGUAAUAUUAAAUAAUCGAUCCAGGUAUAAUUUUCAUUAUGUA